UGCAGCAAAUAGGAACAACGUAGAAACACCCGGAAGUCCAGCAAACAGUGACCGAGCCGAGCCGAGCCGAGCUGAGCCCGCACAGGAGGAUGGUCUGCGAGAAGUGUGAGAAGAAGCUUGGAAAAGUCAUCACACCUGAUACCUGGAAGGAUGGAGCCCGGAACACAACAGAGGGUGGAGGGCGUAAGCUAAAUGAAAACAAGAUCCUGACGUCUAAGAAAGCCAGGUUCGACCCGUACAGCAAGACGGGCUUUGCUACCUGCAGGAUCUGCAAGAGCUCCGUGCAUCAGUCUGGAUCACACUACUGUCAGGGCUGUGCAUACAAGAAAGGAAUCUGUGCAAUGUGUGGAAGGAAAGUUUUGGACACCAAAAACUACAAGCAGACUUCUGUGUGACAGCGUGAGGAUCAGAAUGAGCGACGACAGAACGAGACUGAUGUUUAUGUUUGUCAUCAUUCCACAAUGUCCUGCUCACCAUUCAGCUGUCGCUCUUUUGGGUUAUUUCUUCCCACCUUUGUGAGAGAGAGAGAUGUGGAGCUGGCUUUGCCCUCUUAUUACAGAAUAUCACAUAAUGCCACUGGAGUUAUUGCAGUGGCCGUACACAGGGAAGCACUGUUGGAUCAGAAUACACCACCAGCCAUCACCUGUUUCUGAAGUCCAGGCUUCUAGAUAUUUUUUUGGUAUAUUUUAAAUUCAAUACUUUAGGCUUUGAUUUUUUGCUGUUUUAAAAAGUUAUUUUCUGUAUGUAAUAUAUCAAGUGUUGCAUUUUUUGAGUGAAUUAAACCAUUCAAUAUGA